AACGAAGGAAAAUCACUUCACCAACAGGAGCUGACAGUGGUGGAUAGAUGCUUCCAAAUUUACGUGUCUGAUCCAAUGAAAUUACACCACCUGGCCAUAACCCACGUAUUGUUCCCCUUCUCUCACCGUCCCCGGAAUCCAAGCGAUCGUCACUCUGCGAUUCACUUUUAAGUUCUCAUCAAAACCCAAAACCCAUCUGCUAAAAGGACUGCGAUAAUGGCUAGAUUACAGGUUUCUGUUCUUGCAAUAAUAACAAUCCUCGGGAUUUUAUCGUCUACAUCACAAUGUGUUCGCUUCGAUCUGCAAUCUGGGCACACUAAGUGCAUUUCAGAGGAUAUCAAAAGUAAUUCCAUGACCGUUGGCAAGUAUAGCAUCGUUAAUCCACACGAUGGCCAGCCCUUGCCGGAGUCGCACAAGCUCAUCGUCAAGGUGACAUCCAGUUAUGGGAAUAGUUAUCACUACGCGGAUCAUGUGGAAUUGGGGCAGUUUGCGUUUACGGCGGCGGAGGAAGGGGAUUACAUGGCGUGUUUCUGGGCGGCGGAUCAUAUGCCUGAAGUUACGUUGACUGUGGAUUUUGAUUGGAGGACUGGUGUAGCUGCUAAGGAUUGGACUAAUGUUGCCAAGAAAGGCUCUAUCGACGUAAUGGAAUUAGAGUUGAAGAAGCUGCAUGAUACUGUAAUAUCCAUUCAGGAGGAGAUGUAUUUUCUCCGUGAAAGGGAAGAAGAAAUGCAAGAGUUGAACAGAGCUACUAACUCAAGAAUGGGCUGGUUCAGUUUUCUCUCUCUUCUUAUUUGUCUCUCAGUGGCAGGCUUGCAAGUAUUUCACCUGAAGACCUUUUUUGAGAAAAAGAAGCUCAUUUAAUUCUAAUUUUAACCGACUAAUACAAUUUUAUCUCCUUGUUUUUGCUCUACAAGUGAUGUAUGCGUUGCAGAAGGAUAAUUUUUAGAUUUUUUUGGGGAUUUUGACAGCAUUA